AUGAGCAACCGUUGGCCCGAGAUUGGAAGCACAAUAGAACUAAUAAGGGAUCAAGAUGCAGAUCUAGCACUUGCCCACGAGCUCAUGCGCGAGCGAGCACGACUGGAGCAAGAGUUCGUUGAUGGGCUACGCGCACUGGUCGAAACACACAAACCACGGCCGGGGGAGGCAAACAGAGAGUAUUCAAGGGUACUCAUCACUGCAUUCGAACAAGAAAUCAGGGCUCGCUCGUCGGAUCUCAACCCAAACAUCGCCGAGUACCCUAUUAAGACGGAGCUUUUGGUCGGUUCUAAACUCUCCCAGGCGUUUCACGAUGCACAUAGGACACAUGACGACAAAUAUAAAAAGCUGUUAGCUUCAACGGACGAGCUGAAAGAGUGGUUGAACCGAGACCCGCAGCGGCCCUGGGAGAUGCGAAUGCCAUUAUCGGAGGACACAAAAACAACCAUGAUCAACACAAUUAACACAGAAAUCGAUUGUGCAUCGACUUGUAGUCGGAUAUAUUCCCGAGCGCUUGGUAAAGCGUCAGAUUUACUUCCGCUGAACCAUCGUGCAUCAAUCCAAGAGAAGAUGGAUGCCGAACCAGUCAGCCAGGCACUCAUCCCUGUGGACUACUACAACUGGUUCUUCGAUGGGAAACCCUCACCUCUGCACUUUGGCAUUGGUACUCUACUCCUGAGAUUCUCUUCUAAUUUUAAGUCGCGGGGGAUCCCAGUACAUGAUGUGCUGUGGGCCGAGCGAAGCAGUGAUGCCAGUGGUGUUUCAUACAUGGAUAUUACGUUGUUUGAUCUCGUGCAGUAUGGGCCAGUACUUCCGCUAAACUCACGAGAGUUUGAACGACUGAAGCAUGCGAGCUUGGUGUCUAGCAUAGCAAAUGAGGCGAGGACUAAACCUGAUAUAGGUACAAUCUCUCGUGGCGACUUGAUCGCUCUUUUGGUGCCAGAUGAACCGGUUUGGGAACCGCUAGGAUCUGCAAGGCGCAAAGAAUUGCUCAAGAUGACCAUCAACAAAGUCAGGCCUGACUUGCUCACAUUCCGUUAUGGUUCGGGAAACAUUGUCAAUGCUUUCCAGAGGAAGUGGGAUUUUGAAAACGACAAGCCAAAGCCCAGAGAAACCACUCGCGACUCUGGGUUGGGUCUCGACCUUGGAUGCUGCCUCAUCGAGCGUACUGCUCGAGAUGGGCAAGCUUUUGCCUAUUCCAACAUUUCCAGUCGGUCGUUCUUCACGAGUGGGACCGCGAGCAAGUGGCCGGCUCACUUAAAACCUAUCAAAACUCUUCCACUGAAUGGUUAUGUGCGAUAUAAUAGCGGUACAAAACGUCCUUUCGACCCUAUGGCAGCCGCACGAGCUCGACAUGCCCAACGAAAUCGGACACUGCUUAUGUACAGCACCGCAACGAUUCUCGUCGUCUUGGGAGGAACAUACGCCGCCGUGCCGCUUUACCGUGCAUUCUGCGCCGCGACGGGCUUUGGUGGGACACCCAAGACGGCUAUGGGACAAUUCGAACCAGAGAGACUACACCCCGUGACUGGAGCGCGUAGGAUCAAAGUUACUUUCAACUCUGCGACGAGCGACGCGCUUCCAUGGAAGUUUACUCCCCAGCAAAAACAUGUUUGGGUACUCCCCGGUGAAACGAGCUUGGCGUUUUAUACGGCGAAGAAUACGUCCAACGAAGAUUUGAUUGGUAUCGCGACUUAUAAUGUCUUGCCUGAUAGGGUCGCACCGUAUUUCGCCAAAGUCGAGUGCUUUUGUUUCGAAGAGCAGAAAUUACUCGCUGGAGAGGAAGUCGACAUGCCGCUUUUCUUCUUUAUCGACAAGGAUAUUCUCGAUGAUCCCAAUGCGCGUAAUGUAACAGACGUGGUACUGAGUUACACAUUCUUCAAAGCUCGUCGAAACAAGCAUGGUCAGCUUGAGCCUGAUGCACCGAAAGAUGUGGUCGACGCAUCGAUGGGAUGGUCGGAAUACGAGCAUGCAAAGUCGACAGAGGAAUCCUCAGAGUCGAAAUCGAGCUAG